AUGCCCAUCGUCUCGCGACUCUUGUCCGUCGUCCUCCGUAUCGGAGAGAUUGGCUUUGGCGCUAUUGUCGCCGGCAUCGUCGGCUACUACUUGAACCAGCUCGAUGGCAGUGGAUGGCCAGAGGGCCGGUGGAUCUAUACCGAAGUCAUUGCGGCCCUGUCCAUCCUGCUCGGUCUCUUCUGGCUGAUCCCUUUUGCGUCGACGUUUUUUGUCUGGCCAGUCGACGUUGUUCUCGCCCUGGCGUGGUUCGCAGCCUUUGGUAUUCUGGUCGACGAGCUCAACGGUCUUCCUUGUGGCACCAUCUGGGACUGGGGCUACAUCAACGACUACAACGACUGCAGCCGAUGGAGGGCUGCUGAGGCAUUCAGCUUUCUGUCUGCCAUUACCUGGCUGAUUUCUGGUCUUUUGGGACUCUACUUUGUCUGGCGUGUGGACGUCGCUGCUCGCCGCCGUGGCUACUGGUACGGACGUUACGACGUCUAA